CUCUUCUCUCUCUCUCUCUCUCUCUUGUUCUCCAUCAACCAGCGGCCGAGUCUCGAUCUCGAUUCAAUUCUCAAUCGCUCUCUCUCUCUUCUCUCCCCCCUCGUUUCUUUUCUUCGAAUUCAAUUGAUUUUGAAUAGAAAAGAGUGGCGAUCUAGGAUUUCAUAUUGAUCGGCGUCGAUUUGGGCGGUGAGCUGAUGGUCUAGGGUUUCCUUGGGUUCCCUGAUUGUUUUCCAAGGAUGGGCGAGGAAUCAGAGGGGAGAGGAGAUGGAUCGUCUCUCGAUCCGGAGCUUCUUCAGCUUCAAGAAGUGUCUUCGGUGGCGUUGAGGGAUAAUCCGGAGGUCGCGGAGCAGUUGUAUAGGCAAUGGCUCGCUCUCCCCGAAACUGCCCGAUUGGUGAAAUCUUUGAUUGACGAUGCAAAAACUGGCAUGUCCUUGAAUGCUUCCGGAACAUCAAGUGGGAAUGCUGCUUCAAGUAAUUCAGUGCCGUCCAUGUUUCCUGCUGGCAGUGCACCACCUCUUUCACCAAGAAGCCCAUGUGGCUCACCUCGUUUCAUAAGACGUGGUGCAGGGAGUAGCGGGCCUUCACCUUUAGGUUCUCCAUUAAGAAUACUUAGAGAGAAAGUGAGAGAAGUGAUACCUCAGUUCUAUUUCCAGAAUGGGCGACCACCACCUAGAGAAGAAAAGGAGGAGUGCUUAUCCAGAAUUGAUCAGUUUUUCCUUAACCACUUGGAUGGACUGCAGGUUCAAGAAUUUAGAUUGGUUACGAAGGAAAUCUGCAAGCUGCCAUCAUUCGUUUACAGUGCUCUUUUCAGAAAGAUUGAUGUUCAUUCUACAGGAAGGGUGACAAGGGAUGCAUUUAUCGAUUAUUGGGUCAAUAACAACAUGAUGACCAUGGAUACAGCCACACAUAUAUUCACGAUUUUGAAGAAACCAGAUAGAAAGUAUCUCACCCAGGAGGACUUCAAACCUGUUCUUCGAGACCUUCUAGAAACUCAUCCAGGAUUGGAAUUUCUGCAGGCAACACCUGAGUUCCAGGAAAGAUAUGCCGAAACUGUCAUAUACAGAAUAUUUUACUAUGUGAAUAGAUCUGGAAAUGGCCAUCUUACUCUAAGAGAGCUGAAGCGUGGAAACUUAAUAGUUGCAAUGCAGCAUGCAGAUGAGGAGGAGGACAUAAACAAAGUUCUAAGGUACUUUUCGUAUGAGCACUUCUACGUGAUAUACUGCAAAUUUUGGGAGCUUGAUACGGACCAUGAUUUCUUGAUCAACAAAGAGAACCUCAUAAGAUAUGGAAAUCAUGCGCUUACUUAUAGAAUUGUUGACAGAAUCUUUUCACAGGUUCCCAGAAAAUUUACAAGCAAGGUUGAAGGAAAAAUGGGUUAUGAAGAUUUUGUUUAUUUUAUAUUGUCGGAGGAAGAUAAAUCAUCUGAACCUAGCCUUGAGUAUUGGUUCAAGUGUAUAGAUUUGGAUGGGAAUGGGAUUCUGACACGUAACGAGAUGCAAUUCUUUUAUGAGGAGCAGCUGCAUCGCAUGGAGUGUAUGGCACAGGAACCCGUACUCUUUGAGGACAUCUUAUGCCAGAUGAUUGAUAUGAUUGGUCCAGAGAACGAGAGCUACUUGACUUUGCGUGACCUAAAAGGAUGCAAACUGUCUGGAAAUGUUUUCAACAUCCUUUUCAACCUCAACAAGUUCAUGGCAUUUGAAACUCGUGAUCCAUUUCUUAUUCGUCAGGAGCGUGAAAAUCCGACAUUGACAGAGUGGGAUCGUUUUGCACAUAGAGAAUAUAUUAGGCUGUCAAUGGAGGAAGAUGGUGAAGAUGCUUCCAAUGGAAGUGGGGAUGUGUGGGAUGAAUCACUCGAGGCUCCCUUUUGAAUUCACAUUCAGGUUCCUUUACAAAGAAGCUCUUGUGUGGCGGGUGAUUUUCAAGAGCUCAGAAAAGAAGCAGCAACAGAAUUUUGUUUCAAAGAACUUGGAUGCAGCUACUCUCCUAAUCUUGAUGAACAGUAAAAUUUUCUGAUGCGUGAGUAUUUAUGCUGAGGGUACUGAAAGAAAACAUCAUUUGUUGAAUCACUUUGGUUGGCAGUUCCCUGUAUGGUACCCAAGAAAAGAGAUGAUCACACUAUUGAUUAAAUAAUGCCCAGGUAUCAUAAUUCAUUGUAAAAUUGGUUUUAUACAUCCUUGGAGAAGAUUCAAUUUUGUGCCUAGUUCAAUUUUAUCCUGUUCUCCACCCUUGGAAGUACACAUAGGUGCCAAUUUAUUUAUGGAUUUCUAGGACAUUGGAUCUUCCAGUUCUCAAGUCGCUCAUACCCGAUGUACCUCAGCACCCUUUUUGAUAUUAGAUCCAAUAUGUACGAUGGAUUUGAGGGAAGAAACUUAAUUAUUUUUCUUAUUUUAGUUUUUUCCUUGUUGAUUUACUUGUUCAAAUUCGUCUUUUUAAUGUUUUCUUCGUUAAAGCUUGUAUUUAAAACCUUAUUUAGAAACUGUGACAAAAUAUGAUUGUAAUUCA